AUGAGAGGGCAAUUUACGCGACAACCCCUUGAUGUAGGAGAUAAAACUAAUGCUGAUCCUGCAACUGGUGAAGAUCAGAAGUCAGCAGCGCCUUAUCAUUCUCCCUUUGGUGGCUACAACUAUUACCCCACCACGCUAUUUAAGCGAGAUGCGUUGCCUGGGCCGUCACCCGCCGAGGAGCCAAGUUUGAAAAACGCCUCCCCGCCUGGGUACGGUGCAGACUUCGGCGGUGGAAAUGGGCGAACUUCUUCUUGGGGGGCACCCCACAUAAAGGUUCAUCGGGAUACCGCCCCAAGGAUCGCUCCAUUGAUGGAUCGCUACAAACGACGUGACUCCGGUCUCACUAGAAAGAGCCUCGAAGGAGACAUGAGUCAGGACUUGCACGAAGGCCCAGGUGCUUCAGUUUCAGCGGCUCUAGCGUCGUCUGGUCCCCUAAAAGGAUCUACGCGGGCUGAUAUAAUGCCGUGUGCAGGCACGGUAGGAAGGAAAGGAAAACGGAACAUUUCCUCAGCCGAAAUAGCCACAGAGCCAAUAGAAUUGAGACGGUGCCGAACACAGCAGUCUCGGCGGAUGACUGCAUCGUGUCCUCCGGCAUUGAAUCAGGACAGCCCAACCUCUAACGGACAGAGGAUUAUACAUGUAGAGAAGAAGAAUGGGGAGACAAAUGCAGAUGCAGCUGCACCGUGCCGUGAUGCGCACUGUAUACAUAGUCGUCAGACGAUACUAGAUUAUGUUGAUUUACAACGUGACUUGCGCGUGUGCCACGCCACGCUCCGUGAUCAGGACACUGAAUUGAGUGAACUGCGGUCGCAGCUUAGUGUACUUCAGGCAGAGAGGGCAGAGUUGGAGUCACGUUUUCAGAUAGAGUUACAGGGAAUAGAAAGUCGCUACGCCGAGGAACUCGCAAAGGAACGAGAAGAGCAAAUGGAGUGGCAGAAGCGUGCCUUGUCAGAGCAGCUAGCGACGUAUGAGCGAGACAGGGAGGAACUCGAGCGACUAAGGAUGGCGUUGGAACAGGAACGGCUGAACCACGACCACACACGCAGUGAAUUGGACGCUGCACAAGAAAUGUGUCUUGCUCUGAAGCAUCAAUUGGAGACUUCUCAACUUGUUGCCGCUGCAUCCGCCUCGCCUUUAAGAAGAAAAGAUUCGGCUGCAGGAAAGACCAGAGAGCAUUUUUUGCCGGAUGCACACUCGCCGACGUCCACGCUCAUGACGCCAACGCCAACGCCACGCCGCCAGCCGCCACCCGUGCCCGCGUCAAGGGAAGACGCGGAGUACAUCUCCGGGGCGGCGGCCUCGACGUUUCCGCUUGUUCGGGGAAAAUCCCAACCCUCCCGUCCAUGUCGUGAGGAGCGGCCAACGGAGCAGGGACCCGUCGGGAACGUGACCGCAACCUCAACCAUCAACGUCAGUGAUCCAUCUGUCGCGCUUUCUGCGGUUCCCGACAUGGACUUGGAUGAGGCCCACUCCUUUUUGGUGCGUCAGGCGGAAGAUGAACACCUUGCAAAACGGGCAAUGCCGUGGGGCAGUGAGGAGUGUGAUGAGGGGACGCAGCGUGAGACGGAGGAGUACACGGAGCGGGAGGGAGGACACUCAAGCUGCGCCACCCGAGACACGACGCUUCCCGCCGCCAGCGUGCAAAGGACGGGCAUCUUGGCGUACGAUGCGUUAUCAUGUGGCCGCUCCUCCACCGAGGCGCUUUCCGAGGCUGCCCUUGCGCUGCAGCCCCUUCCACCGGAGGCAUUCGAUCAGCUUGCGGGGCGGGAGGCUGAUCUCUGCAGGGAGCUUCUGCGUAUUAUUCUUGAUAAGGAGAAUCAAAUUGCCGAACUCACUGCAGCGCGAAUGCAGCCCGGAGAGGAGACGAAGUUGAGCUUUCUAUCGGAGUAA